AUGGCGGAUAUUGAGAACCAGACACCUGUUGAGGGGACUCCGGCCGACGAUGUCGACAUGGAGGAGGGCGCUGACGCAGGUGCGGGCGCGGGUGAGGAAGCCAACCUUACCGAGCUGGAGCCGGAGACGCCCAAGCUCGUGCUGUUCUCAGACUUGAUGAAGAGCCCUAUCGUCGAGGUUAUCGUUGGAUCUGGAGGCACAAAGACCACAUACUCUGCCCACGAAGCAGUUCUAGUCAAAUCGCCAGAAUUUGCAAGGAAUAUCGAGGAGUUCGCACCGGGAGGCCCACGUCAAAUUAUCAUGCCUGAUGUUGAUGUUGACGCCAUGGGCUCUGCCAUCGAGUACCUUUACACAAACGAAUACUUCCCCAAGAAGACCUCUUCAUCGCGCGAUGCUCCCCUCGAGAAAGACCCACGUCAACCCCAGCCCGACGAUGAAGGCCUCGGCCUCCUUGUCCACGCGCGCAUCUAUACCCUCGCCGAGCGCCUGCAACUCCCCAACCUCAAGUCCCUCGCGCAUAGCAAGAUCCACCGCACUGCCUCCACCGCCAAGGGCGAACUUUCCUACGCCCGCUACGUCUACAAGGAGUCCAGUCCUGAUGACCACACCAUCCGCAAACCGGUCGCUGCUUUCUGGGCCACCCGCUCCUUCAGCCUGCGCCACGAGGCAGAACCAGAGUUCCGCGCCAUGUGUCUCGAGUUCCCGCAAUUCUCGUAUGAUGUGCUGCAAUUGGUUCUUGACAGUCAGGAGAGGGGCAGAAACCGCGGCGGCGACGGCGAGAGCUCGCACAGGGGCCCGGCGGUCGUGCCUGGUAGCAGUCGCAAGAGGGCUAGAGUAAGUCAGCAGGUCUAG